UUUACUGGCUUUUAGUUUUGUUCCCGUAAGCAAUUGAGGAAGAUACAGAAUAUGGACUCUAGCGGCAUUAUACCUGAUAUUGUUGAUGUCGGUCCUAAAGGAUUAGUGCAGCUCUCUUAUCCUAGCGGUGUAAAAGUAGAACCGGGCAAAGAGCUUACACCGACUCAGGUAAAGGAUCAACCAACAGCCACUUGGCAAGCAGAUGACAAUGACUUUUACACCUUGUUCAUGGUUGAUCCGGAUGCGCCUUCUCGUGCAGAGCCUACAAAUCGUGAAAUCUUACAUUGGUUGGUAGUUAAUAUUCCCGGCAAUAAAGUGGCUGAAGGUCAAACUGUUGCUGAAUAUAUUGGUUCCGGUCCAAGUAAAGGUUCCGGCUUGCAUCGUUAUGUUUUCUUAGUUUUCAAACAGCCGGGCAAGAUUGAAACUGAAAAGUUCAUACCGAAGACGUCUCGUGAAGGGCGUAUUGGUGUGAAGGCGAGAGAUUACAUUGCGAAAUAUAAUUUGGGUUCUCCAAUCGCUGGUAACUUUUAUCAGGCUCAAUACGAUGAUUAUGUGCCCAUUUUGCAUGCACAGUUUGCUUGAAGUAUUAAUUGAAAAUAUAAAAAGCUUUAUUGUUUGUCGCUAAAUAACAAAUUGUGUACAUACAUAUGUAAAUAAAUAGUAGUAACAAUAUGAA